UUGCGCAAUUUCCGCGAGCGGUGCAGUCUGGGACUUUAACACAGGGCUGGUGCUACUGGCUAGCUAGCUGACCACUUGAAAUGGACGUGUUCUUAAUGAUCCGGCGUCACAAGACUACAAUCUUCACAGAUGCCAAGGAGUCCACCACUGUCUAUGAGCUGAAGCGUAUUGUUGAGGGAAUACUUAAAAGAUCACCUGAAGAUCAGAGGCUCUACAAAGACGACCAGUUGCUAGAGGACAUUAAAACUCUGGGUGACUGUGGAUUUACCAACCAAACUGCCAGACCUCAGGCCCCAGCUACAGUUGGUCUGGCCUUUCGCAUAAAUGAUGAGAUGUUUGAGCAGCUGCACAUCGAGGCCUUCUCCAGCCCCCCAGAACUGCCUGAUGUGAUGAAGCCCCAGGACUCUGGUAGCACCGCCAACGAACAGGCAGUGCAGUGAUGGCAAGGAAGGGGGGAAGCAGCAGUGGAGGAAAGGAUGGAAGUUGGUGGUGUGUGGAUUUCACUGCAGGGCAGAGGAUAUGUAACAUCAUUUCAGUUGAUGGAAGGGGAGAAAUGUUGGUAACCGAGCCUGUCCACCAUGUUACCAUCAUGCUAUGAUCCUAGCACACCCUUACAAUCUGCUUCACUAAAGAUUUUCUUUUUUUAAACUCUUCCCAGUUUCCCACAUCACAUGCAGUUGUGCUCCUUUAUUUUGUUCUUAAGCACCAGCUUUUGUGUGUGUGUGUGCGUGUGCGUGUGUGUGUGUGCGUGCGUGUGUGUGUUAUUCUAAUUAUUAUCACGAAUAUUUGUGAAAGCGUCGUCGUGUGUCACAUUGUUUAGAAGAACCAUGCAUGGAUGAGGAGUCUGGUGUCGGAGUCGGCAAAUGUGCAUGAGCAAAAUUGAAACUAGCGUGUGGAGUUUGACAGAAACAGAUGAGUCUUCAGCUGAAACAACGUUCCCUCCAUCUGCUUCUCCCACUUCUGUUGUACAUUUCAGAUUUGAGAUCAUACACAAGGAAAGAACAUGUACAUGUUAAAUACGUUACUUUUGGAUGUUAUGGUUUUGCGUCUCCAGUAUGUUUUACUCGUCAGUUCUACGCUGUGUGUUUCAUGCACUGAGACCAAAGGCAGGUUCCUCAUGGACACCAGAGGGACGUCUUGGUCAGAGGACAUUCUGUCUGUGACAUACAGUAAAACACAGGGGUUAAUCUUGAGUUUAUAAAAAUAAUGCAUACAUCAUGUCGCCAACAUCAGCUUGGCACCUUCCUCUAAUCACAUAAUUAUGGCUUGUAACUGUAAGUUUGCUUAAUUAAAAGAUUUUUCCUGUUUUGUUUUUUA